CGCGGGCGGUUGUGGCGGCCAUUUUCCGUUUCCGGAGUGUGUUCGCCACCAAACGGUUUAUGUCGGCCAUUUUUCCCCCCCCCCGAAUGGUCAGCAUUCAAUCUCGGUACCGUUAGAGCAUGUCUAAUUUCUGCAGUUGUUGCUUGUGUUUGUCGGGACAUUUACAUCUGACCAAGGAGCGUUUCCCGCCUUCGUGGGAGCGGUGGCCGCCGCUUUACUAAUAGGGGUAAUUUCAUUUGUGCUCUGUGCGGUCUUAUGAUUGGCCAGCGCCCCCCAUCUCUCCCUGUACUGUCUCAUCCUCCAACCCCUCUCCCACCUUCAGUGGUAAAAUUCUGGAAUCAUUGCUGACUGAAGCAGCCCCAAAUUUGAGAUGGCGAUAAACGGACUGUAGUAUGAAGGCAGCUAGCGCUUUUUCUGUGCAGACUUCCAUCUGGAUGGAUUCGUCUCUUUAUUUAUCUGCACGGGAGGUCUAGUGGACUCGAUGCAAGUAUCGUCGAUCUCGGGGGGAAAACCUGUGGCUCGCUUUAAUUCUAUCACACAAGCUUCAUCCUUAAUACCCGGCGAGAUUGAUUCGGUUCCAACCGCCAGGACUUAAGUUCAAAACCGGUAGAACUACAUCAGCCGCGUGCAGAUGAGAAAUUGAACAGUGCAAAGGAUUGUUGCAGUGACUCCUCCGCCUGAUUCUGCCCAAAAUUUUAAGAAGUACUGGAUAAAGGCCAACACAAUGAGUUCCCUUCAUGCAGCAAUAAAGACUGAAAGUAGAGAUGAUGAGAGUGAAGUGCAUGCUGAGUUGUGGCAAGAUGAACCUAAAGAUCACAAGAUCAACAGUAACGUCCGUGAGGUAGCGGAGAUCUGUGUUGUGAUUGGUGAGGAUGGGGCUCAACGGUGUUCUGAACAGGAUCAACCCAUUAAUCAAUCCAGUGAUUUUGAUGGGCAACCUGGCAAACCAAACAAAAUGAAUGACCGAGAAGAGAAUAUGGAGUGGAAACCACAGCAGCAGGCUUCACUAAGGGCCUAUAUAUGUGGUGCCUGUGGGAAGAAAUACAAGUACUACAGCUGUUUCCGGGCACAUGUGAGAGCACACCUAGAAAAUGAAACUUCCUCUGCAUCUGCUGAGAGCUCCCCACAAGCAAAGAAUUUUAGAUAUAUGUGUGACAUCUGUGGCAAGAAAUACAAAUAUUAUAGCUGUUUCCAAGAACACCGGGAUUUACAUGCGGUAGACGAUCCUUAUGAUCAGGCAGUUGAGACACCAGCAGAAGUGAAAACUGAACAGAUGGAAGAAACUGUCCGUAGCCCUGGAUCAAAAACAGGUAGCUACAUCUGUGAAUUCUGCGGCAAGCGAUACAAGUAUUACACUCCCUACCAGGAACACGUGGCUUUGCAUGCUUCUUCCGAUGCAGAGAGCUCUCUGGGCAAAAGAAGUGAAACUAAACUGUCAAAUACAUGUGAAGAAAAUAACAGCUCUCAAAAUUCUAGUGGAGGUACCAGUGUACAGAAGUCUGGUCCAUCUUCUGCCAAAAAUGGAGCCACCUGUCAGAGCUGUGGAAAUGAACAUAAACAUUGCACCUGCUUAAGACAGCAGGCACAUAAUAGCAGAGCAAGAGAGCAAUACACCUGUGGGGCAUGUGGGAUUCAGUUCCAGUUUUAUAACAAUCUAAUAGAGCACAUGCAUUCCCACACAGCUGAUAAUGAAAACAGCUUAGCAAUUAAACAGGUGCAGCCACCUCGCACUGCUGCUGCGACUACAUCUACUUCUACUUCUGCCACUACUACCACAGCUGUUGCUGCUCCUUCCCCAGAAAAGAAGAAUGCUCUUCGCCAGAGCAACUGCACAAAUGAUGUGAAUAGCUCAGUCCUUGAAAAAGAGCGCCAACUCAUUGCUGAAAAGUUGCUCAAAGUAAUGUGUUCUGAUCUGAAUGCAUUGACUGUGGUAAACGGAAAAGACUUUGUCAAACUUGCUCAGACACUUGUUGAUGUUGGUGCACGUUAUGGAUCCUUUCCUGUAGCUGAGAUCCUCGGGGAUAUGAAUACACUUGCUCUGAAACAUCUGCCCAGAAUGUACAACCAGGUGAAAGUAAAAGUCACAUGUGCGCUUGGAAGCAAUGCAUGCUGGGGAAUAGGUGUCACCUGUCAUUGUCAAAAUGUUGGCUCGGAGUCGUACUACAUUCUAACAGCACAUCAGGUAGAGGGAUUGCACAUGAAGAGAUAUGUGCUCGGCUUUAAAGAAGUAGAUGGCAAAGAAACUGGUGAGCAGGUUCACCAGUGGGUAUUAAAUGUCCUUUCAGAAUUUGUCAUGUCAGAGAUGCGAACCAUUUACGUCACAGAUAGCAAAGUCAGCUCAGCUACACUGUUGAAAGCUGGAAUGUGCCUGCGAUGUUCAGCUUGUGCAUUAAAUUCAACAGUAAGGAGUGUGCUUAAUGAAAGGACAUUACAAGCACAAAACCUGCCAGAAGUUACUGAACUUGUGAGUAACUGCAUACAGUUAAUGAGCUCUCUUGAACAAGACACCAUCAGUCCAGAGUUAUCCAGCCUUCUUGAAGCACAGCAGGUUCCUGGUUGCUGGAAUUCUGUUGCAGAUUCUCUCCUACUUGUACAUGAGAAGUAUGAACAGUUACGAGAAUUAAUCAGCGGAAGGAAGGAACUCAAGCACCUCCAAAAUUGCAAUAAAAGUUUGUUGAGCAACCUCACAGCCAUUUUGGCUCCUGUAAAGCAGGCUGUAAUAGAGCUGAGUUGUGAAAAUAGACCAACAUUACAGCUUGUGCUCCCCACCUAUAUAAAAUUAGAGAAACUUUUCACUUCCAAAGCUAAUGACGCUGGCACUGUAAGUAAACUGUGCCAUCUUUUUCUGGAGUCUUUAAAGGAGAACUUUAAAGUGGAGACUGCUCAUAAAGUUGCAAUGGUCCUUGAUCCACAUCUGAAACAUUUGAGGUCAGUGCCACACUACCAACAAGAGGAAGUAAUCAAUCGAGUUUGUGAGAUGAUUUCAGAUAUUGGACAGUCAUGUGAAGAUACCAUUGAAUUCCAGCCUGCAAGAAAGAAAGUGUGUGGAAUUAAUGAAAACCUGAAAACACCACCAAAGAAAGAGGUGAGCCAAGAUGAGCGAAAAGAUGAAGUAUUUCAAUAUUUAAAGGAACCUGUGCCCAAUAAAACUGUAGAUCUGUUCAAUUACUGGUCAAAUGCCACUCAAAAGCAUCCUAAGUUAGCCAAACUUGCCUUUUGGCUUUUGGCUGUGCCAGCUGUUGGUGCAAGAAGUGAUUGUAUGCAUAAUUUUGGUGAGACAUUUUCAGGAAAGCGAAAAGGGCAGCUGACACCUGAGGUUGUAAACAAACUAAUGUUUUUGAGAUCAAACUUGCAGUAGCUGCCUCUCUGUCUGACCUAUUGGUGCUCUCAAGCGGAACUAAACCCAGGUGGUGAAGUCAGUUUUAUUACAUAUAACUUUUUCUUACUGUGAUAAUUUUUGUCUUAUUUCUGUGGUUGGGCCACUUCAUUUGUUAAAAUGUACUAGAUGAGCGGCCCUGAUGACUUGCUGAGUUUAUUCAGUGAGUGGCUGGACCAUGCAGACCAGGAAUGGCCCAGAUUUGAUCCCUUGUUUGUGCUGAGGUAAUUAGAGAAGAGCUGCAACUGCUUUUGUGGCCAUGUUACUAUUAAUCUAAAUAAAUAGUUAAAGCAUACUGAUCAUAGAAUAUGUGUUCCUGAACUAAAGAUUUAAGUUGUGCUGGUUGCACAGUUUGCAACAAAUUGGUUAAUCCUACAUUUUAAUUGAAGCCAUUCAGCCAAGAUUGGAGCAUGCAUCAGGCUACAGGAAAGCUGUGGCUUGUCCAUUUUGUGCUUCCAGCAAACACCAGGGUCAAAUCUGCGUGAUCUCUGUCUUUGUUACUGUUGUCUCUGGCUAUACCAUAAUUUGUGUGUACCAAAUGCACAAAAAUGAAAGUAGUUCUUAACUGUUAAAAAUGGAAUGGUUAAAGAGAAAUGAAAACAUUGAUUUCCAGCCAAAGUUUGAGUCCUCCAUGGUUCUGCACUCAACCUGUGUUCUCCUGGUUUGUUUUGAUGGUCAUCUUUAAUAUAGGCAAUUGUCCAAAAUUACAAUGUGAGCAGAUGGUGCUGUUGUAUAUUAUUUGCCAAAAUCAAUGGAGAUAUUAUCUUCUACAUUUGAGAUACAUCUAUUGUUUCAGAAAUGGUUAUCUGACAGUCGUUUGUUCAAUUUAAAGUCAUAUUCUGAGUAUGAAGUUCCCAGGCAAUGAAAUUUGAUGUCCAAAUUAGUUGAACUUGAAAAAUGAAUUUUAAAUAUUUAUCUAGAUGAAAAUCUGACUUUCAGAUAUCUGCUGAAUGUAUUGAAGAAAAAUAUUGCACCAAAGUAGCUUCUUUUGACACCUAUGAGGGACAUUGAAAAUACUGAACACUUGUUUGAUUUUAACUGGUCUUCUCUUCAACUAACAAAGCCAUAUACUAAAAACCAAAUAUUAACUUACAACAAUCCAAAAAUACAUAGCAUGACAGUACUGUCAUAAAAGUGACUUAAGACUUUAAACAUGAAACACAACAAAUGACCAAAAACAAAACACGGUAUGAGCAUCUCCUUUCCCAGACCCAUUUUUUGUGCAAUGUAACUAACACUUGAACCUAGGUAGAAGGUAGUAUCAAAACCAAUAGAAACUAACAGAAGGACCACCAUAUAUCAAGUAUUUCUGGGUAUUUCCCUACAAAAUUCACUAUGAAGCAAGAAAAGUACAGUUGCAUUCCAUAAUUUACAAGAUGGUUCUCUGCCCCCCAGGAGCUACUUGAGAACUCAUGAGAAGUCAGUGUUAUUCCAAGGCUUUUCAUCCUUUCAGUGAGGCUUGGUCCUUCUUACAGUGCUGCAUUACUGCUCUUGCAAAGGUUCGUACAAGUUAAUGUUAAUAUGACAAAGGAUUCCUUCAAUAUUACCCAGCAGGAGAUGGGUCAGCAGAUAUGUCAUUGCAGAUAGAAGUCUCUAUUCGACAAUGUCUGUAUUCAAGCAUACUUUCUAAAACAUUUUGAACCUCGGAUAUCCUACCAAAUACAGGAGAGCACCCAUGGACUAAUUGUGUUCAUGAUGAAAAUAUCAGGUUAUUGAACCAAGUGUUCAAUGGUGUCCAGUAGAUUCUGAGAGUAAUUUUGAAAAGUUUUCUUAAUAUAUGGAUCUAUCCAGCAUAAUAUACAGCCUGCUAUUUCAUGUAUUCCUCAAAUGAAAGUUGUACAACAAAAUCCUUUUUCCGAGUUGUUCCAUGACCUUUUGCUGUUGUGCAGAUUGUGUCAAAACUUUUUAAAAGCAAAGAAAGGCACAAAUACUUUACUAUUUGACAAUGUUUCAAGCUGGAAGAUAUGUAAAAUUUUGUUUUUAAUACAAGGACACUGUGUAGUCACAUUAGAACUCUAUAAAUAGGAAGUUUAUAUUUAAAAUGGAUUUGUUCAAACGAGUACCAUUUACUUUAGUAAAUUGUUAUUAAUCUGUGCAGCCAAUCUUUAAAACAACCAAGGUUCAUGUUCAUCUGUAUAUAUGAAUUAAACUAAAAUGGCAACAUGUUGAACUGAAAUUAAUUGUCUUGUUUAAGCACAUUUACAAAAUGAGAGAUCUGCCACUUUUCCCUUUAGAUUUGAACCCCUAAAUAUUACGUCAAAGAAUGCACCCGUUUAAUCUUUUGAGGUCAUGCAGGUUCCCUAUACAGCAUCUGGUCAGUUCCAUUCCUCUGCUAUCUUGGUGCCCUGCAUGUUUGUUUUCCACAGGUGUGUAUAAGAUUACUCACCUUCUGCUCCAGGUCAUUAGCACUCCCUCCCACCAAACUUAUGUCCAAAUCCUUAAUGUAUCAUGCCUCGAUAUUGUACAAGCAACUGCUGGAAACUGCUUUUCCUACCUUAUCCAAAUCUGUUGUCAUUUUGCCCAUCAUUAUUAAAUCUCUUCCUCCUCCUUCCCCCCGCCCCUGCCCAGCUCAUUUGUUUCAAGAACUACAGUUUUUAGAAGGCAGCCUAAUCCCUCAUCUCUGGAGUACUUCUACUUUUCAGGUUGAAUAUAUGGUGCAGUUUCAAAGUUUGAAACAAGCUCUGUUCAUUAAGUGUUCUCAGCAAAUUAAUCAGAGAGACAAACUAUUUACUUUUAGGGGAAAUAAUAUAUUCAAAUUUGAAACCUUCUCCCACUGCUUGCAAAGUCUUUUGGGUAAUAUGAUUUUCAUAGCAGAUUCCACCUGUUCGUAUGUGUAUACAUUUAAAAAAUUUUUAAAAACAUAGUUAAAGAUGAAAAUUGGAAAAGAAAAUCAACACAGUAACUUAAGCAGGUUAAAUGCUUUCUACUCCACCUCUAUCGUGUUAAAAUUAGUAAGUAUUUGUGUUCAAGAUCCAGAGUAAGCAUUCCAAAUAGCUUUCAUUUUCUUGACCAGUGGAUAUUUUUCUUGCUACAGUGCUGUUCAGAAACCAGGAAGAACAUUUCUGACCAGCUAGUGUUUUCUGUGCUGUGACAAUGUAUUUUGUUCUUUAAAAUGGAACAACCUAUUUCUACAGUGGUUUGCAAAGGUAUAAUAUGAAAUGAAAAUCACACAUCAUGAGUAUUAAAUAAUCUUCCUUUUAAUAAAGGUCUCUGAUUAAAAGUAAAUUGUUGUUCCAGAUCUUGACAUGCGUGGAGCCACGUUUUAUUGUAAUGGAUGAAUGCUGUGUUAGCUGAACACUUUGGUUGGCAACUUCCAUUCUGACUUGAAUUGAUCUGGUUGGCCUGGCAUUAGUGCUGAGAGGCCCUACAUGUGCUUGAGGUAUUGGUUUAUCAGAAUUGUGGCUCACACAAGUGGGUCUUUUUCAGUUCAGCCCUAAACUGCUAUUAAUAUUAAGAAAAAUCCCUAUCUUCAGUACCUAUUAGAUAAGAUGUCUCUGUCAAAAUCAUAGCUUUUAUUUUAGCUUAUUUUAUUUCCUCUGUUAGUGAAUACAGUAGAAGAAUUUACCAGUUGCUGAAUUAAAACCUAUUUUUCUCGUACUUUAUUAAUACUGGGAUAACAACUAUAUUCUAGACCCCUUAGCCCUCCAGAAGAUGUUGCAAAAUCCAGUGAUUCCAUUUAGCUGGACCUUACGCAAGCUUCAACAACUGAAAAUCCAGUUUUUUUCUCCUUCAGGAAUCAUCAGAUUUUCAGUCAUUGUUGUGAUGCUACUUCCAUUUAUUCUCACUGUGCACUUUCCAUUCAGAGCUGUCAUAUUUUCUUCUUGCCAAUAUGGUCAUCAACAGUGGUUUGCAGUUUCUGAAGUUUAUCCAUAAAAACAUUCCCAGCCUCAGGCUUUUAUUUCUGGGUGUGUCCAGUAUUCUAUUUAUCGCAAUGACAACCAAAGCUACUUCAGCUCACAUUCUCACAUUAUGCUUCUUGUCUGAACUCUGUUCCAUUCUCUACUUUCUUCCAUUCUCCUACUUUCUCCAUCUUUAUUGUAUCUGUUCUGACAUUGCAACCUUCCAUACUAGCUAAUAUGCCUUUCUUCUGCCUCAACACAGAAUCUCUCACACUGCUAUGAUGCUCAACUGUGUCUGUUUCAUUUCAUGCAGUUCUUCUGUCCCAUUCCACUGUCUGCCAUUACAGUGAUAGGCUUGGCCUUGUUUGUCACCUUCUGCCCACAACAGCCUCUGUAUUCAGUGGAUCAUUCUCUGCCACUUUUGCCAUGACCACGAUGGUGCUACUGUCAAACACUUUUUCCUUUUGCUUCAUUUUCCAACAUUCUGAAGGAACCAUUCCCUUUUAUCACCUUGGUCCACUCCUCAAUCACCUAUAAUAUUCUCUCCUUUUCCCACAGCAUUUUCCAUGCAAACUCUGGAUUAAUAGCACCUGACCUUUUACACCACUUUUUCUCAGCUGCCAAGGCCCCGAGCUCUUCUUCCAGAUUGAAAAUACAACCAAAUCACUUUUAAUUUAUUGUACUGUAUUCACUGCUCUCAGUGCAGCCUCCUUCACCCAGGGGAGUCAAAAAGCGGAUUGGUAAUUACUUUGUGAGCUACCUCUCUUUGUCCACAAGUGUGACCUCAAACAUUGAGUUGACUAUCCUUUAAUUAUCGAACUUGCUCCUAUUCUGAGCUCUGUCUUUGGCCUCCACAGUGUACUGUUGAAAGUAAUGUAAGCUUGAGGACUAGCACCUCACUUUUUGAUUCGCAACAUUACAAUCUCCCAAACUGAGAAUCAAGUUAAACAGCUCAAGCUCAUUGCAUCUGCCCUGAUUCUUGUUUUCUUUUUUGUCGGCCGCUUUUUAUUUUUCUUUUCUCUCUACAUUUUUCUCUUCUUGUGAUUUGUAACAGCAAUUUUUAAUAACUGUGCUUACAUACAUAAGAACAAGAAGCAGCAAUAGGCGCCUCAGGCCCUUCGAACCUGUUUUGCCAUCCAGUAAGACUAUUGAUGAUCCGAUUGUAACAACAAAUCUAUGUUCAAACCAUCCUUGACAAUCUUUUUAGCCCCAUCACUUACUAGGAAUCUAUUAAAUGAUUCCGUUAAAAAUAUUUAAAGACUGUGCUUCCACUGCCUUUUGUGGAAGAGUUCCAAAGACUCACGAACCUCAGUGAAAAUUUUGCCUGAUCUCUGUUUUUAAAUUCUGGUGUUCAUUCACCACUAUCUUUUUAUUUCAGGUCUCAAACAUCUUCAGCUUCUUAUUUCGACUUGCAUGUCUAAUUCACUGCCACUUCUCUUUCAGGUAUGUCUGCCGUGAAGUUCCACUUUUCCCUCUAAUGAAAUUUCUGUUUGAAUCCAAGAUAACAAAGUGUGGAGCUGGAGGAACACAGCAGGCCA